AAAACAGAGAGGAAAUAAAUUACGCAAGCAGAUUCUCACACGUGGAAGCUGGUGUGACAACUUCAAUCAAAGAUGACAUCAUUAGCACAUCAGUUGAAGCGGCUGGCUUUGCCACAGAAUGACUCUAAUCUGCUCAGCCGGAGAGUGGUGGCCUCUGUGCUCUUUGACCCUAAAGAUGCUGCCAGCAUGGACCGCAGCACCUUCUAUGCCCUGGGCUGCACGGGACUUGAGGAGCUGAUGGGUAUUGAUCCAGCAUUCAGUGAGUUUCAGGAGACUCUGUUUAGUCAAGCCUCUUUGGCUUUAGAGCGCAGUGUUCAGAGCAAAGAGGUGAACAAGAAACUGGACGAGAGCAUCUCACUCUUUCUCACUCGACUGUCACCUUACUUUCUGCUCAAGCCUGCUCUGAAAUGCAUUGAAUGGCUAAUACACAGAUUCCACGUUCAGCUGUACAACCAGGACAGCCUGAUUGCUUGUGUUUUACCAUAUCAUGAGACUAAAGUGUUUGUACGAGUGAUCCAGCUUUUAAAGAUAGAAGAUCCAACCCACAAAUGGCACUGGCUGCAUGGACUUCAGAAACCUGGUGUUCCCUUGGCCCGAGGAUCUCUGCUCACACACUGCUAUAAGGAUUUGGGCUUCAUGGAUUUCAUUUGUUCUAUGAUCACAGAUUCAGUAAAGGCAUACUCUGGAUUCGUCAGGGAUAGGAACUGUCCGCAGCUGCGUGUGAUUUUCUCUUUCUAUGCAUCCACCAUUGUUUCUGCACUUGAUGCAGUGGAAAAGAUAACUAACUCUAUUAUUGCCAAACUGCUUCCAUUUGUACAGCUGGGACUGAAAUCUAACCUUUUAGACUACGGGGCUGCCACUUACAUGAUCGUGUGUCAGAUGGCAGUGAAGGUAGUAAUGGAGGCUCAGCUGGUUGACUCUCUGACUGUUCAGUUGUGCAAGUCUCUACGUCGAAUGCCUCGGCUGUCCAGAGAGGGUUUGAGCUGCAUUGUCAUCCUCUUGCAGAACCAGAAAGAAGGAAUUGUUGGUCCAAAGGCAUUUGGAUACAUGUGUGCUAUCCCCACCCUGGUGUCCACUCUCCAGAGUAUAGCAACAGUUCAUGACAUCAGUCCCCUGCUGCGUUAUCUGCUGCCCCAUCUCAUACACUUUGUGAUGACCCAGGAUGAUGAGCAGCAGAAUGAAAGUUUGUCAGACAGUACUGGACUAUUACAGUCAGUGUUUCAGGACCUUCCACUGUCUGGCAACCUGGAGAACACUGCAGCCAAGCUGCUUCUUGAGGAGUAUGUUUCCUGCAGCAUUGAGCUUCCCUCAGAUAGGAUUUCAGCUCUUAAUCAAAGAAUUCAAUCUACUGUACGACAGUUUGAAUCCAGGUAUCCAUGUGCACUGGAUGUGGCACUGGAAAAUCUUGUCAAAAAAGUGUCAUCUGACCAUGAAAAAACAGUGCUUCAUCAGUUCAUCUCUCUAACUAUGAGCUGUGGAAAAUAUCAAAUCCUGCCAGAUUCAGACACCUCUCUGAUGCUCAGUCUGAAUCAUCCACUACCUUCUGUGAGAAAUAUGGCUGUAGACUACCUGAAGGAGAUCCUCACCUCAGAACAU